AUGGAGCAGCUGGAUUACUGGUCACAGAGAACAAACAAGCGCCUUCUUAACUACGAGUUAAAGAAGCUGAAACCGGAAGUAAAGAAGGAGCUUGCGCACAAAAUGCUUAGGGAGUGUGAGCAAGAGCUGGGCCAAGACAGCGGCACUGCGCCAAACCAAGACACCGACUUCUACGACCCUUUCUCCACAUCUGCCGCCCUGCCUCUUGGCGCUUUCAAAGACCCCGCCGGUAAAGUCCACCUUGCUGCUUUAAACGCCGAUACCUUUACCACCCUUAAGCUAACAGAGGUUAUCCAAGAAGCAGACAAAGUCCAGAGAUUAAAAUUCGCUCUGCCUGACCCAGAAGCCCACUCAGGUUGUCUACCCGGUCAGUAUGUGCAAGCACGUGUCAAUGUUGGCGGGAAAUUCCACGAGCGUUAUCUGUCGCCCAUGAGUGCUCCCAGUGCGUUUGGUAUGAUGGAGCUUGGCCUGCGCCUUGAGACGCAUGGUGCGUUCUCCCUCGCUGUUAAGAAUAUGAAAAUCGGAGACACUCUAGAAUGCCGAGGUCCAUGUGGAGGUUUUGAAUAUUCCGCGGGAAAACUGGAUACUUUGACCAUGAUAGCCACCGGAGUCGGAGCCACGCCUGCCAUACAGCUUAUCUGCAGCAUCGCCAACGACCCCUCCGACACAACCAAGGUCAAGUUCUUCUAUCACGCCAAGACGCCGGAGCAGCUCUUAUGCCUUGAGGAGCUUACAGCACUUGGGAAACACGACAGUCGUUUCGAUUUCACCUUCUGCGUUAGCGAGUGCGACGAUUCCUGGACCGGGUCCGAGGGACUUAUCGACGCCAGCACCUUGAAACCGUUCCUGCCACCUGCCAACGGCAAGACCAACAAGACCAUCAUCUGCACUGGUCCAGUAGUCGUAAUCACUACCCUGUCUGCCCUUCAUGAGCUUGGAUACAAGAGCGACGACAUCUACAUCUAUGGUCCGUUUGGAGUCGAGCUGAUACGUGCCGUGUAUGGCCAAAAAGCCAAACUUGCAACACAUUUGCCCUGCUAG